UAUCCCCAUCUGUGCUCUCGCAAUUUCAUCGUUCUCCCUGGCUGUUCUCCGUUUCUUUCCUAUUUGGUCGUUUGCUUCUUCGAAAAGGAGGAGAGAAACGGAGGAGCAUUUCUCUGUCGCUGAUUUGGAAAGACUUCGUUAUUAGCGUAAUGACUGAUCAAGUUAACCAUCCAACUGUCACCCAAAAAAAUGUUCGCCAAUUCCACAUUGGUUCUGGACUUGCACAUUUGGUACAUGAGAGGCAUUUUUCUACAGCAAACCACAUGAAUGGUGGACUUCAAAGUCCAGUGUUGUCUGCAUGCAGAGCUACCAGUGAUCUCGCAAUGUUGUCAUCUGCAUCGCCUAUCCUUGCAAAUGCACCUUCAGAAAAAGGAUUUACAAAUUUUGCCAUAGAUUUUCUUAUGGGUGGAGUCUCUGCAGCUGUUUCCAAAACAGCUGCUGCUCCCAUUGAGCGUGUGAAACUUCUAAUUCAGAACCAAGAUGAGAUGAUAAAGAGUGGUCGCCUCUCCGAACCCUACAAGGGUAUAACAGAUUGCUUUACACGGACAAUGAAAGAUGAAGGUUUUGCAUCACUAUGGAGAGGCAACACAGCAAAUGUCAUUCGUUACUUCCCAACUCAGGCUUUAAACUUUGCUUUCAAGGAUUACUUCAAGAGGAUGUUCAAUUUCAAGAAAGACAAGGAUGGAUACUGGAAAUGGUUUGGUGGAAACCUUGCUUCUGGUGGUGCUGCCGGUGCUUCUUCUCUGCUUUUUGUCUACUCCCUGGAUUAUGCCAGAACUCGUUUAGCAAAUGAUUCAAAAGCUGCAAAAAAAGGUGGAGAAAGACAAUUCAACGGUCUUAUUGAUGUUUACAGGAAGACUUUGCAGUCCGAUGGCAUUGCUGGCCUUUAUCGUGGGUUCAACAUUUCAUGUGUUGGAAUCAUAGUUUAUCGUGGUCUCUACUUUGGAUUGUAUGAUUCACUGAAGCCAGUGAUUCUCACCGGAGAACUACAGGAUAGCUUCUUUGCUAGCUUUGCGCUCGGUUGGGUGAUAACCAACGGUGCCGGGCUUGCAUCAUACCCUAUCGACACAGUUCGCAGAAGGAUGAUGAUGACCUCAGGAGAGGCUGUCAAGUACAAGGGCUCCCUUGAUGCAUUCAGCCAAAUUCUGAAGAAUGAGGGCCCAAAAUCUCUAUUCAAGGGUGCGGGUGCCAACAUUCUCCGUGCCAUUGCCGGUGCCGGUGUCCUUGCUGGCUACGACAAGCUGCAGCUGAUAGUUUUCGGGAAGAAGUAUGGCUCCGGGGGAGCUUAAUGCAUGUCACUUGGCAACUGAUGGCGACGAAAAAGCAUAGUUUAGGUUCCUAUUGGCAUUUUGUUAUUUCUCAGUUCAAACAAUUUUUCUUCAACUGUGAGACUUGUCAAUUUUGCUGCAAAAGGUUUGAGAAAAAACAAUGUUUCUUUAAUUUUAUUGCUAAAUUCUUGCAAA